AUGCACACAAACACAUCAGGUCCCGUCACUAUCACAAACACCACCUCGCCAUUACUUACGGUAUUAUCACAAUCACCAAUCCCCGGGAAAAGCAGAUCGAUGCAGUGUGAUGGCAUGUCUUGGCUGCCUCUGGGAUUACAUACUUCCCAGCUGGCCCUUGUCCACAAUUUGAGCCCAGGUGCCAUCGGUGCUGAGGAGCAGGCGGGGGCCCUUGGAAGGUGGGACACCUCAAGAGUCUUGCCCUGGGCAGUCCGGCACGCUUCCAUUCCAACUUCUCGCGCUAGCAACGCUAGAAGCUCUCGCACGUCGCCCCAAGGCUCCGCCAGCGCGCUAACACGCACCCGACCUGAACUGGAAACAACCAAAGGAACGUUCCGACCUGAGCUUCAACCUUCUUCCUCUCUCAUCGUCACCUCGCCUUGGCCAUUUAUGAACGACAUAAUAAGACAGUAA